CUAAGCUUCAACUUCAACGUGAACAUCAACGGAAUCUCAAACCCCAUUUGCCCAUACUACAAUCAUCCAUUAUAAGUCCUGCUUCACUUAUUUUGAUUAGUACCUCGUAUAAACCUGCAGUUCUGCUUCUUACUUCCAAGUUUCUCAGCCAAUGCUUUAGGCGCACACUCUCCUACUUUUAAGCAGCAUCUAGACAGCCUCAGCCGUAAAAGACAUCGCUAGGGCUAGACAAUAUGCGGGAACUUUUCCUCACUGCAGCCGUCAAGGAUUCAGACUUUGCAAUGGCAUGCGCAGUCUUGCAAGGCUUAACGUGGAUGAACGCUCGUCACACAGUCCAUCGUAUUCUAUUCUUUCAUGGCCAACCACAACCGCAACCCCUCAAAGUCACGCGUGCUUUCCAACAAUCACGCUUCUUACAGCUCUGGAAAGAUCUAAGUAGCCAAUUGAAUCGGUCGUCAUAUGUUAUUCAGCUGGCCUACGAACUUGUGCCGGAUAGGGAUUUCGGCAAAGAAACUAAUAUGGAGUUCAAUGCCCUACCUGGCACUUUGCGGUGGACAGAUCUACCAGACCCUCUUCGAGACACACCAGUAACACAAAGAAAGAAGAUUGAGAUUCCAGAGCAGAACGGUCUUCCCACAGCUCUUACUGACAACGGCUUCCAGUACAAGAAUGAAAUCAUUCAGGAGAGCUACUCUUUCGUCAGGGAGAAUGUCGAAUUUGUUUUCAGCAGAUACUAUCACCUCCCAGAAUCGCAAGGGCGGCCACUGGCUGCUCUCCCUCCCUGGGCUGAUCUUCGGCCAGUAGAUCCAGCACAGAAAUGGGUGUUGAAUGUGAAACUGAAUGUCAUUGAUGACAGCCAGCCGGAAAAGGUGAAGAAGGCAAAUGGGGAGCUCUUAGUUGUGAAGGCAGAGCUUGAGAAGAUAUUUAAUUUUAAGGCUAUUGAUAGGAGGGUCUUCGACACUAGGAUUGCACCACCCCCUGUAAUACCCGGUCGAGGAUAGAACAGCUGGCAAUGCUGUUAGUAUAGUUAUCAACCUAGUGUAAGAAGGUGUGUCAUCCCGAUGGCGACUAAGUCUGAGGUCCUACGAAGAAAUACAAGAUGGCUGGUACAGGUCAUCGAGGUCAUGAACCAGUAUAGAGGGGUUGUGCUUUCACAAAAAAAGAUAGGAGCAAAGGGUAGCAAGGAUAUAACAGACAGACGCCAAUGCAAUGGCCAGAUGUACAUGGCCAUGUGGUGUUAAUACAUAAUUACAUCUACCUAAGGUAACUUAACAUUUCCCCAGGACCUGGCCAUCCAUUUCAAUGGGGAAAAGCAUACCCAACAAAGGAGUCAUUACGUAUAUGUACAUUCAUGACCACCAGUAUGUAUCUACCUAGGUAGGUACGCAACCUGAAUUAGGAGCUCAAGGCGAAACAAUGUCGUUGUCCUGUUAAAUUCAUGUGGUGACAACUUCUAUAUCAACAGAAACACGAUUCAACGGGACAUUGUUUUUAUAUUGGAAGUUCUGAUUACUUAGUAUCGAAGUUACU